UGCCCCCUGUCUGGCUGUUCGCGCUCCGUCUCCCUCUCUCACAAGGCAAAAUGGCGACUGAGAGUGAGCAACGGCCGGACAGCGGCGACCCUCCGUCCGAGGAACGAGCCCCGAACAGCAGCCAGAAAUCUGAAUUUGACAUGGACAAUCUCAGUAAACCAGAACUACUGACUCUUCUUAGCAUCCUUGAGGGGGAACUGGAAGCCAGAGAUCUGGUGAUAGAAACCUUGAGGUCUCGACGGAAGGAUGUUUUUAUCCAAGAACGCUAUGGGAGGUUCAAUCUUGGCGAUCCAUUCCUGGCUCUGCAGCGAGACUAUGAAGCAGGUGGUGGAGAUGGCAGCAAGGAUAAGCAGCCCAUCUGCGCCAGUCCACUAUCCAUAUUGGAAAUGGUCAUGAGUCACUGCAAAAAGAUGCAGGAGAGAAUGACUGCACAGUUGGCUGCUGCUGAAAUCCGACAUCGAAAGGUCAUCUUGGACCUUGAAGAGGAGAGGCAUAAACAUGCCCAAGAUGCAGCCCAGGGAGAUGAUGUUACAUACAUGCUAGAGAAAGAGCGUGAGCGUCUUUUACAGCAGGUGGAAUUCGAGAAAUCCCAAUUAAAACAACUGGAGACCGAGAAUAAAAAAAUGUCCACACAAUUUGAAGAAGAACGUAUCAAAAAUAAACAACUUGUAAUGAUGCUGGUAAAGGAGUGCAAACAGCUUGCUGGCAAAGUAGUAGAUGAAAGCCAAGCUUUAGCAGAAAUCACCAAAACGCUAGAGGAAGAACAAAAAAAGAACAAUGAAUUAGAGGAAGAAUUGAUGAAUGAGAAAAAGAAAAGUGUCCUGAUGGAAGCUAAAAUGGAAAAACAACUCUCAGAGUUUGAUAUCGAAAGAGAACAGCUCCGUGCCAAACUUAAUCGUGAGGAAAACCGUACCAAAGAUCUGAGACUAGAAAUUGAGAAUUUCAAGAAAAUGAUAGAACUUAACUGUACAAGUGAAAAUGAAACUGGUUCAUUGUCCAGUAGUUUAAGUAAAGACGUAGAUGUUGGAUUAAGUAAGCAAAGUAUGUUAUCUGUUGCUUCCCAAACAGAACCUUCGGUUGAUUUUCCCAGUGAAAGUAACACUAAAAAGGCAGCUUUAGCAGUACCAGUUAAACCAUCUGCAGGAAAUUCUCUGUCAGUGGGAGGCACAAAAUUGAGCGUGUCUGGCAAUACACCUUUAGCAAAGCCAGUUGGUGAUAAACUGCUAACAACAAUUAGUUCAGAAGACAACCCAACGCAAUCCAAAGUUGUUCCUUCCACUUUGGAGAAUGGACCCUCAGUCAGCACCAGCCCUGGUCCCUUGUCGGGGUCAUUACCCCAUUUGGUUACUGGUGCAUCCCUGUCACUAGGCAAUACCAUUGUUCCCUCCCCCCCUUCUUCAGCAACGUCAUCACCAUGCCCAUCACCGGGAUCGACUAUGCAGACUUUGAGUUCACCAAGUUCUUGCACAUCUAUGCAACCAGGACUGAGUCCAAGAAUUCAAGCUGCUCGAUUUAAAUUUCAAGCCCAGGCUGGGGAUCAGGGCAGUCCUGUGAUGGGGCCCAUGUCACGGGAUUUGUCACCCACUAAUCGGGAUAAUUCUCCUGCCAAGCAGCUGGCUCGGAAUACUGUCAGCCAGGUUCUUUCAAGGUUCACAGGUCCUCCAAGCAUAGUUAAACCACCUUGUACGAACAGUACUUCUCCAUUUGGCACAGAAAACCGGAAUCUUACUGUUAGCAAUUUAAAACCUGGAUUGGCACAUUCAGCAACAGGUGAGGGCUCAUCUUAUCCACAGGUUGUUGGUAAAAUUACCAGUUCUCUGAAUGUCUCUCCUACUGGAUUAAAAUCUCCCACAGGAGCAAGAGUUGACCGAGGAAAUCCACCACCUAUUCCUCCAAAAAAGCCGGGACUGUCACAGACUCCAUCCUCCCCUCAUCCACCAUUAAAAGUUUUUAUGGAUGGGAGCCGUUCCCCAACUGUUGGGUUUAACACUCGGACGGAAGGUAGAACCAUGGCCUCAUCCUCUUCCAGUCCACAUCCAGGAAUUAAGGGAACUAAUGAGGAGAUUCUUCCAAAGACAGCAUUGCCACAAUUGCCACCUAAGCCAGCGGUGGAUAUAGCAUCUACUGGCUGUGCUGCCCCUGCCGUGGCUGCAUCUCAGGUGGGUGCUAGGCCUUCCUUAUCCCCCAAGCUGAACCAAAGAGCAUGUUCAGAAUGUUCCCCCAUCAUCACCACCAUCGCCUCUACCACCUCCAUUGACCUUGCUAGUACAACCAAAAGAACCUCUUCCAUUAGACCAUGUGGUACAGACAAUCUACUGAUCACAUCAUCAGGCAGGUCUCCCUCCUUAAUUCCUUCGUUAAUGCCUGGUGGUCCUGUCCCCCUGGGUGGCAGGUCCACUCUGCUUCACCAAGCUGCUGCCCAGGGAAAUGUCACUUUAUUGUCAAUGCUGCUAAAUGAAGAUGGAAUUGAUAUUAAUCAUCCUGAUGAGGAAGGUUCAACUGCCUUGUAUUCUGCUGCUAAAUAUGGAUAUACAGAUUGUGUAACAUUACUGCUGAACUCCGGAGCACAGGUUGAUGCUGUUGGAAAGAAUUUAUUCACACCAUUGUGUGCAGCUGCUGCAGAGGGACAUGUUGGAUGCACUGAAAUGCUCAUUGCUAACGGUGCAAGUAUAAACUAUGCUGCUGAAGAAGAUCAGACUCCUCUGUAUCUAUCAUGUAUAAAUGGACAUCUUGAAUGUACACUUAUUUUAUUGGAAGCUGGAGUGGACUAUAAUACAAUGACUAUUAAUGGCUGGACUCCCUUUCAUGCAGCUGUGAAUUCUGGUCACAUAGAUUGCCUGAAGCUUCUCAUGUAUCAUCGAGUAUCUGGGGACGGAAGGUUUGCUGAUGACUCAGAGCACAAGUCCAGCUCCAUAGACCCUGAAUGUGCAGAAGGCAGUGAUAAAUUCAGAGUGGAGAAUAUGGUUUCAGCUGACCUAAUCAACCAUGUUGACAAAGAAGGCUGGACAGCUGCCCAUAUUGCAGCAUCUAAAGGUUUUAAGAAUUGCCUGGAAGUGCUCUGCAGGCACAGUGGAUUGGACCCAAAUAGGAAAGAUAAAUAUCAACGGACUGUACAUGAUGUGGCCACAGAUGACUGCAAACAUCUACUGGAGAAUUGGAGUGCGCACAGGGUACUGCUACAAAUUUCCAUGAAACAUAGUGAACUGGUUUGUAGCAGUACUGAACAUGUUGAGAAUAACGUUACAGUUGGCAGCUUGAUCAUCCACAUACAGACUACCUGGGAUGACUUAUCUAAAGCUGUAACAAUGACACUGAAGAAUCACUACAAAACUGUCAUGCAUGGAUGGGAAUUGCCAGAGGCUUCAACAUUUCUGAAUAGCACCGAAUACAGCUUUACUUCAAGUGGCAUAUCUGCAAUUGAAAUAGGUGAUGAAAUUUGGAUACCAGGACAAAUUUUGAUGGCCUCUCCUUGGUCGUUGAUAAACUGGAGCCAAAAUAACUUCGUCACUGUAUUCUUAAAUGUUUUACAGGAGGGGUUCCUUGACAGCAUAGCUUAUGAAUCUCUCAUUCCCAUCUGUAUACUUCAGAACUACCUCCGGCUGGUUGAACAAUAUCAUAAUGUAAUUUUUCAUGGGCCAGUGGGAAGCUGUCAAGACCAUGUUGCACAUCAAAUAGCAAACUGUAUUAAGCACAAGCAGGAAGCUAUUGGUUCCAGCUGUGAAAUAAUACAAAUUGAGAUGGAAACGAGUUUAUCAAAGGACCAGCUAGUGGAGCUGUUUAUUCAAAGUGGUAUCUUGGUACCUUUGAGUCAGUCUUUCGUUACUGAGAAGGUAACUGUUGUCCUGAUGGAAAACCUGGAAACAGCUACUUCGCUAUCAGAGUUUCUGGGUGAACUACUGGAUGCCCUAGAAAACCGGGGUGCUGAAAAUCCCUUCACUUUCCAGCAUGUGAAUGGGACUUCAGAUACCUAUUACUUCCAAGAAAAUAGUUUUCUGAUAGGGACAAUGACAAAGAUGAAACUUCAAAGUUCAGACUUGAUGGUGCAACAACAUUUUCGAUGGGUACAGCUUCGAUGGGAUGCAGAGCCCAUCAGUGGUUUGCUUCAAAGAUUCCUCAAAAGACAACUCAUUCACAAGUUCCAAGGCCAGUUACCAGCUCAAGCUGAUCCUGUGUGCAAGGCUGUCCAGUGGGUAUGCUCAGUCUGGUACCAGCUGAAUUCCUACUUGUCCCGAUUAGGAACACCUGAAGCAUUGAUGGGACCAAGAGAUUUCUUUUCCUGUCCAAUCAUACCAGGCCAGGUGCAGCCUAUAAUGAGGUGGAUGGCCAACUUGUGGAAUAAUGUGAUUGCUCCCAGAGCAGAAGAAGCUAUACUUUCCAGAGCCUCAGUUAAAAGGUCUCGACAAGGGCAGCCUGUAAAUAAGAGCCUUAAUCCGGGGCAACAGGCAGUAGUCAAGGCUGCACUGAGCAUCUUGCUUAAUAAAGCUGUACUGCACGGCUGCUCUCUUUCCAAACAAGAGCUUGAAGAAUGUGCACCAGAAUUUCAAGGGUGGAGUUUUCCUUUAACCAUGAUAUCCAAUUACAAGACCAGCAAAAAGAAAAUUGACAACGAUGCUUGGCGGAAAGUGAGCACUACUCCUCACAAAAAGUCUGCGCAUUCAAUGUCACAGUCAUGGAGCAAGCUCAAAGGGAAAAGGGAGGGCAUUCAUCUCGUGUCAGAAUUGCCAAAGAACUUCAACAAGUUGAAUACGGCAACAAAACUGCAUUCCCUGGAGAGUAAUCCGCUGAAGACUUCAGAUCUAGAGCAAGGAUUAUCUCUGUACACUGAUGAAGAUGAAGACCUCAUCAAUGAACUCCAGAGUAUGUGCUUAAGCAAAUCUGAAUCUGAUAUAAGCAAGAUUGACACGUCAAAGGAUCUUUUCUUUAUGAUUCCUGGUUCUCAGAGUGAUCAAUCAUCCAUAAGGAUGCUAAAAGAUCAUGCUGCUCACUUACCAGCAACAAAGGUUUCUGAUUGUACUCUAAAAAAUGGCACACCCACGUCAAGUAGCAACAUUAAAAGAGUGAGUAGAUUGGGCAUCUCAAGGGUGAAAUCGCACCUACCUGUACUCCUGAAUAACACACACCGUAUUCACCACAGCAGCAGUAAUACAAGGCAUUUAGAAUCAAAUAACAAUACAACCAAGGAGAAUUGGAACCUCGGCAAAACUGAACAUGAUGCCAAUAACAACAAAUAAGAAGAUAAUUCUCUCAGAUGACAUUAUUUCUGAGUCUUCAAUUUAACAGUGUAAAACAUAGAUCUGUAAUAUAUUAAUGAAAUGUAAAGUUGCUCUUUAUUGCUAUAUGUUUAUUUGGGACCACAGUGAUUAUAUAUUGAGUAUUUGAUAGUGCUGUGAUAAAGCACUAUUUUUAGUUGUUACCUUUUGGUUUUAUUGAAUUCUCGGGUUGUGUACCUAAAAUGGUUGUUUUUUUUGACGCAAGAAGAAUUUAUAUAAAAAGCAAAUGGUUUGUUGCACAUAUAAACAUUUGCAAUCAUUGUUAACAUUUUUUUAUUCAGGGUUUUUCCACAGAAUUAUAUAUAUUAAGAAGCGAGAAGAACCAUGUGAUACAUACUUGGUAUCCAUGGCAUGAUAUGUGUAAUAUACGCAAAUGUAUUUACAUUUUUUAAUAUUAAAAAAACCUCUUUUCAUUGGAUUUUAUCCAGUGAAUAGAAUGUGGCAAUAAAUGUUAAUGCAAAUGCAGAUUUUCAUUCAAUACGAGAAGCCAUAUUAAAUGUUUUAAUGGAAUACUAUCUCUUCAUAAUUUCUCUUUUUUAAUGUAAUUUAUGGUUAGUCACCAGUCCGCAGUUAUACUGCAAUGGCUAACACUUCACAGUGCAUGUAUGGAUAAAUGUUACAGUUUGUAUAGAACCCCUCCGCAGAAAUCUUGUACUUAUUUUUUAAAAUGAAUGUAAUGGAAUUUACUGAAGUAAAACAUAUGAAGGGA